AUGACCGAAGAAGCGGAGCAGACAGACAGGUUACAAGAGGCGUCUACAUCAUCAUUGAUAGGGGAAGACACCGAGAACAAUUACCGUAUAUGGAAGAAGAAUGCACCAUACGUUUAUGACUACUUGUCAACCACUUCGCUACUAUGGCCAUCUUUAACGGUGCAAUUCUUUCCCGAUAUCACGCAUUCUGAAGGCGAAGUUGCUGACGACUACAUUCUUCAAAGGCUACUUCAUGGAACUUUCACAUUGGGUCAGUCGGCUGUCGAUUCGAUAUCGAUUUUACAAGUUCCCACAUACACAGGUCUCAAUAAACAUAUACAAAUUGACAAACUAGAUUACAAUCAAGAGAAAGAAGAGUUCGAAGUGAACGCUCCCUCGCUUCCUAAACAGAAAGUUUUGCAAAAGAUCAACCAAUUUGGCGAUGUAAACAAGUUAAGUUACAUGCCCCAAAACCCCAAUGUUAUCGCCAGUGCCAAUAAUUUUGGGGAUAUGUUAAUAUUUGAAAGGACCAAGCACAAAAGUUUCCAAAAACUGAUUAUAGACGAUAUUGAAGCAAACAAACCACAGCUUAAAUUGACUGCAAAGGCAGAGGUUUUUGCUAUGGACUGGAAUAAGAAUCGAGAAGGGUACUUGAUUUCGGGUGAUAUAAAGGGAAACAUUAGUUUAUAUGACUUGAGAGAUUAUUCGAAAUCCCAAGGUUUGAGCAAUUCAAAGUCAUGGAAGAGCAGCAGCGAUGUCAAUGAUAUUGAAUGGUUCCCUACUCACGAUUCAUUGUUUGGAUUCGUUGAGGAAUCAGGAGAUAUGUCCAUUCGCGAUAUAAGAGGAGAUAUCAUACACAAACAGCUCCCUUCUCCGAUCAAUUCAAUAGCAAUGAGCCCUCACAUAUCGACAAUAUUUGCAACAGGAGAUUCAAAGGGAUUAAUCAAUGUUUGGGAUUUGCGUAAUCUUGAUGAGCCCGUGAAAAAUUUCACACCUCAUUCAAAGUCAAUAACCCAAUUGAAAUGGAACCCCAAACACACUCAGGUACUCGCGUCCUCGUCAACAGACUGCCUGGUAAAACUCCACAAUGUUUCCAAAGAGGAGCCCACGGUAUUUCAACAUCUCGGUCAUAUGUUGGGUGUUAAUGAUUUUGAUUGGUCCUACGCUGAUGAGUGGAUGAUUGCUAGUGUAGCGGAUGACAACUCUCUACACAUAUGGAAACCGACGCAACUGGUUCAAGAUACGAUCUAA